GCGAGGGCAGAGCUGGGAGAGGAAGAACCGGGAUCAGAGUCUGUUCCCGAGGACAGGCUGGGUUCGUUCCUGGUGCAGAGAACGGCCUCCCCCCUUUACAGCAAAAAGCACUUAGGGGGCAGAGGGGACACUGCUCCGGAUUGGAUUUUGCCAGGUGGGAGGAGGCUUGACAGCCCAGCUCAGCUCAACAGCCGCUGCUGCCAAAGGCAAGGAACUCAGGAACAGUGACCAAGGAGUUCCCUGGAAUUCUCCUGCAGCGGUGGGACGCUCUACCAGAGCGCAUCAGGCACACAGGAAUCACCUGCUGAGGCAAGGGAAAUUAAUCGGAAUUUUUAAAACCAUUUGUUUCAUUUGUGCUACAUCACCAUUGUGCCGUUGUGUAUCUUCAAGUUGUUGUCUCCGGGCUGAACCAUUUAAUCGUAAGGCGGCACUUACAUUAUUUUAGAUGUGUCAAAUAAAGGCUCUUUCUGCCGAGGGUUUUAAAAUCCCAUUUGUGUCUACUAUUCUAAGGGCCUGUGUCCUUUACUCAGUUGAGCACUGGGGCCCUAAUCAUGCAGGAAGUGGAAAGCAAAGGCUGUUCUUUUCAUUUGCGUGUGACAUUUUACAGUUAAGGUGGGUGGGUGGCCAGCGCUGCUGGACUCACACACAGCUCUGUGCAGGCUUAAAGCCUUUUGACUUGAUGGGAGGUGAUCUUGGUGGUUUGUCAAAUGGCUUUUGCAAUGAUAUGUUGCGCCCCCCAGUUGAUGUAUUUGAUUGCAUUAUGGCUUCUCAGCUUUCUCUGCCAGCCCUCCCCUCUUCUUCCUUCGAACUGUGUCACAGUUUGCACUGUCCAUCUGCAGAGCGGGGUCUGUGGAGCUGUGGUUACUGAUUACUGAGAUUUUCCAGCUGCAUGUAAAUGUGCCUGCAUUCAUGCCAGGUUUUUUGGGUUUGUUUUGGUUUUGGGUUUUUUUUUCAGAGAAAAUGUUGGCAGUCUAUUUUGAUUGCCCAGGAGGCCCGGAAAAUCUCUAUGUGAAAGAAGUGAUGAAACCACAGCCAGGAGAAGGAGAAGUUCUUGUGAAGGUCUCUGCCAGCGCUUUGAAUAGAGCCGAUAUAGUCCAGAGGAGAGGGAAGUACCCUCCCCCCAAAGGAGCAAGUGAUAUUUUAGGCUUAGAAGCAGCUGGGAGCGUGGCUGGGUUCGGACCUGGCUGCAAGGGCCGGUGGAAGAUUGGCGAUGCAGUGAUGGCUCUGCUCUCCGGAGGUGGCCAGGCAGAAUACGUUACAGUACCCGAAGGCUACCUGAUGCCAAUUCCCAAUGAUAUGACUUUUAUUCAGGCUGCAGCCAUUCCCGAAGCCUGGUUAACAGCCUUUCAGCUGCUGCAUUUUGUAGGUAAAAUACAGAAGGGCGAGAGAGUGCUGAUCCACGCUGGCGCUAGCGGAGUUGGCAUGGCAGCCAUUCAGCUGGUGAGACUGGCAAAAGCUGUCCCCGUCGUGACAGCGGGAACUCAAGAGAAACUGAAAGCAGCAGCAAACGCCGGAGCAGCUGCAGGGUUCAACUACAAGAGUGAAGAUUUUAGUGAAAAGGUCUUGGAGUUCACCCAAGGUGCUGGAGUAGAUAUUAUUUUGGAUUGUGUUGGUGGCUCAUACUGGGAGAAGAAUCUCAGCUGUCUGAGUACUGAUGGCCGGUGGAUUGUUUAUGGACUGCUGGGUGGAGGUGAAGUACACGGAGAUUUGCUUGCAAGGCUGCUUUCCAAAAGAGGGAGCAUCCAUACAAGUCUAUUACGAUCACGAGACAAGGAGUACAAGGAACGGCUGGUGAAAGCCUUCACAGAAGAUGUGCUGCCGUACUUUUCUCGAGGAGCCUCCCCUCACCUCGAAACACUUAUUGACAGCAUUUACCCUCUGCACGAGAUUGCAGAGGCACACAGGCUCAUGGAAGAAAACAAGAAUAUUGGCAAAAUUGUCAUCGAAAUGCCUGCUUCAUCUUAAAGAAAGGCCUACUGCUGUAGUUGUUUCAGGGACAUAAUCGUUAUGGUGUUUGACACGCAGAGAAUCUGCCAUUUCUGCAUCCAAAUCCGGAGUGAUUUAUUGUGGGAGGAUGCCAAAAAGGAGGGGUAAAGCGAAGCCUUACAGGAUGUGUUUAAUAAAAAGGUUCACGUUGCAGCUCUA